GUAUCUCAAGGAAUUAAGUAUGAAACUGUCAGUUUUCCCUGUAAAGGGUUUUAAUAAGGAAGCUAGAUAUUUUGUUAGAGAAUAUGUUGGAGAACCAAUGGUGCUGACAAUAGGUCGAAGGGAAUAUUGGUUUCUGAAUAUUUGGGAAUCCAUAGAGACAAGGAAUUUUAGAGUCAUGAGAGGUGACAGAUUUUUUCACGGAGUCUGAUAGAGAAGAAGCCUUAAUGAUAGAUUUAAGGUUGCGUUCGAUGAUGACGUAGGAUCUUUUUUAAAUGGACGAUAUGAUCCAUCUCUAUGAAUAUCUUGAAACUUUUCCGGAUAUUCAUUUGUGUUCAUGAUCACCGUAGCAUUUCCUUUAUCUGUUUCUAGGAUUACGAUGUCUGGAUUAGAUUUUAGAGAUUUUAGGGCAAUGAGUCCAGGCUUUGCAAUGUUAGAUUUAGGGGGUUUUGAUUUUUUAGGGAUAUUUGCGGUUUCAAAUUAAAUUUCAUUAGUUGUUUGAAAAGGUAGUUUUUUCAGGAUAGACUCGACAUUUGCAGUGAUUUCCUCUUUUGGUGUAAUACGUGGGGCAAGGACCAAGUUGGAACCUUUUGAAAGAACUGAUUUUUCCGUUUCCGAAGGUUAGUGCGAUGAUACAUUUAUCACAGUGUGUCGUAGUUGAGAAGAGUUUGAUGAUUUCCUUAGUGUUGGCGUUGUUUUUUUGAAUGUCAUUCUGGGUAGAAGAUAAACGGAGAUUUAAAGCUUUUUCAUGAAUCAUUUUUGAAAGGGUAUUGAACUCGGAUGCAGACAAGAUGAUAGCAAUUUCAAGAUGUAGAGACAGAAGGUGAUUAGGUCUAUUUUCUUACGGGUGUGAUGAAUGCUUUCUCGAAGUAAAGCUAAAGUAAAACUAGAUUGUCGAUGAAUUUAAUAAGCGGAGGUUUUGAAAUGAUGGGAUAUUUUAAGAAAAUUGGGGAUGACGUUAUGAUCUCUACAACAUAACAAAUAGGUCAGUGUACAGAGUAAACUUGCGAGUUUCAGUCGGCGAUCUUCUAACUUUCUGAUUUUGCGCUUGAUGUUCUCUCCAUAAGCCUUGUUCGAUCCGUCAAAGACAAAGUUCAAUUUGAAAUGCCAGGAGUUUACAGCAUUUCAUGCAUAUACGGCAAAGAAUACAUUGGAGAAACCGGACGAAAAAUGUCAACUAGGCUCAAAGAACAUGAAAGAGGUUUAAGACUACGACAACUAAACUCAUCAGCAGUUACCAUCACAAUCACGAAACCGAACAUCAAAUUUUAUUCUACCAACGAAAAAUCCGAAAAUCUAUAUAAAUCUAUGAGCAACCAAACAAUCUUAACCGAGACUCAGGUCUUUACCUUUCAUCAAUAUGGAAAUCAGUCAUACGAGGGGCAUGGCUACCAUUGACGUUUGUCAAUUCGGACGAUUGCUGCCAAACCCGUGCCAUAAAAUCCCGGAAAUGUCCGAAGUGGCUCCGAUUCGUUGGAAACAAAACUGACGUGGUAAAGUGACGCUUCCCGCACGCUAGAUUGGUGUGUAUUUUACAGAUUUAAAAAUAUUUCUUUAUUUUUGACAAAUUUUUCACGCCGUUGGAAAACAAGUGGAAGGAAGUGAGAAAACUUUUGAAAGCAAUACUGCUGGCUACAGGAAUAUAUUUGCAAGCCAACUAUAAAAAAAUCCCUUAAAAAGUUCGCAAGUGAGACAACAAAGACAAAAAAUCAAGUUAUUCGCCAAAAUCAAUAUUAUUUACAGCGCAGUCUAGCCUAAUCCAAACAGGCAAUAGAAAUGUAGUAGAUGUUAAAAGGCCAUAGCUUCUAGUCCUAAGAAUAAAACUGAUUUUCGACCAUACUCUGCUGAAGAAGCAAUGACGCUUAUUACGAAUGCGAAACUAAGUACCAAUAAAUAAGGAAACGCUCCUGGGAAUUGCCGCCAAAAAGGAUUGCUAGUGCGUAUAUACAGGGUGGUACAUGACAAAAUAGAGAUUCUUUAGGUUCAUGGAGUUCGCAUUCUCUUUUGAUGAUUUCUGCCGAUGCCUGGACGAAAUCGUGAAAAUUUCCGAUUCCCUUCUGGACGGCUGGAAAUUGGAAAUAAGGCAGGAACCAGAAAACGGGCAGUACAUGGUAAAAAAAAUUACCACUUUCUUGGCGAGAGAAGAAGGGGACAUCACAUCCAAAAAAAUAGCUACGUUUGAGUACCAUAUCGUAUAUCACGUGAACUACGGAGUGCCGGUGUUAUGUUUUAACGUGUGGAAUCAAGACGGUACCUUCAUCACCCUCGAAGAAUAUUGGGCGCACAGCGUCGACCUGAAGGACGACAACAUGUACGAAACCUUGACACAAAUGGACCAUCCCGUGUUGCGUAGGCCAUUUCUCACCCUGCACCCAUGUCGAACGAGGGAAAUUAUGCUGCCCUUUUUGUCAAAGAGCAAAAACCCAGUGAUCUCUUGGCUGAGCGUCGUAGGACCGUUCGUGCAUCUCAAAUUGCACGAUGAAUAUUUAAAAUGCUGUUGAUUUAUUUUAAUUAAAAAAUAGGUGUACUAGUGAAAUUAUUUUAUUUCGAAAUAGAUAUUAAUAUUACUACAUUGUAUUAACGGGUUGGGAAGAUUUUGACGACGAAUACGAAUAUUGUAAUGAGCUUUACCUCUGUUUUAUUAUUAUUUAUUAUUUAAAUGUGUGCUAAAAUGACUUUCAUAUUAUAAAACCGCACUUUUCUCACACUUCUAGUGAUGUAUAGUAGGAUAAAUGGCCAUGACUGUAAGAAUGCUAUCAAUGUUUUUAUCUGCUCGUAGGCAUUUUUGUGCCAAUAAAUCAAACCGGUCCAGGGUAGUAAUAAAGAAAUUGAAACACAAAAUGUGUGAAUACAUUCUGUUGUAUUGCGUACGGUAUAAUUGUAAUUAUACAAAUAAUA